AUGGCAAGAACCAAGAACCCUAAUCGUAGGGCUUUAAAACACAAGGAACCUAUUACUUACAGCAGUCGUCAGGUUCAAGUUGGAAGGGGGCAAACCUCUGCCCUUGAUGAAGCUGUUCUGCAGAAGGAUAUGGGUAAAUCUAAACCACCUGAGAAGAAGUGCAGCCCCGCAUUGAUUAUAACAAUUGUCGAGAAUGGCAUAACAAAUGCAAGGAUAGAACUAAUAAAGAAGCUCGGAUUGGAUUUUGUAUUCCAUUUGAAGAUGAAAAGGUUUGACAGCGAGCUGCUUAACUGGUUGAUUGACCAUUUCAAUGGUGACACCAUGUCGAUUCAGAUGGCUGAUGGAUGUCACCUAGUCCUUACAGUUGAUGAUGUGCAACGGGUUUAUGGCCUUCCUCGUGGUCAAAAGGAGGUACCCAAUGUCAACAUUAAUAAGUGUAAGACCCUGCCGGGACAGCUGUUGCAGAUUGAUUCAAAACAGAAGGGUUGGAACAAGCUUUGGUCCUUGGCAAAAAAGUUACCCAACGUGACAGCGGAAAUCUUCUGGAUCCGGAUGUUUGUAAUGUUGGUGUUUGGAUACGUGUUGGAAUCUACAAGUUCUGCAAUUGGUCCAAUAUCAGUGUUGGCAUUCCUUGAAGACAACAGUUUCAGCAUCUUCUCUGAGUAUGACUGGUGUAUGAUAACGAUGUAA